AUGUCAGCUCUGAGUGGAUACAUCAACAAGCCCGUGACGGUGAUCACGACGGACGGCCGGCUGAUUUUGGGAAUCCUGCAGGGCUACGACCAGGCUACCAACGUCAUCUUGUCCAACACUCGAGAGAGAGUCAUCACUCCAGAUGAGCCGACCGAAGUGGUGGAUUUGGGUCUAUACAUGCUGCGAGGCGACUGUAUAGCAUGUGUAGGAGAGACGGAUCUGGAGCUAGACGGCUCGAUACAAUGGGGUGAGGUCAGAGGUGAGGAGUUGGGCGAUACGAGAGGCAAUCGGUAG